CUCCAUGGUAGCACACGGUUUCCUAACCAUUCCAAGUUUUUUGGUCGCCAUUCCGCUGGAUUUGGACUCGCAACUAAACCGAGCGCGAGGAAAUGACAAGACUUACUGAGGGAGAACUUUCUGACGGCGCCGGAGAUGUCGGGAAACCUAAACUGGAGUUCCCUGUGCUGGCCAAGGGAUUCGUCCGUCAGGACUCCAUACACGAUUUUGUCAACAGUCACGCGGAUGGGAACUUUGUAGCCCUAAGCGGUUCCAAGUCGGAUGUGGUUACCUUGGAGCUGAACAGCAAAUUCAUGGUCGUGGAUCCCUUUCCCUACUUCGUGGCUUCUUUGGAUUCCAACGCUGAGGAGCUGCGACCCCUGGACGCUCUGGCCAACCAGGUGGAUCUGGUGGCCAUAUACGACAGCUGCGAUGUCCUGGAGGCCCAGCACUUGGCCCUGGAGCCGGGUUACACGGCCGUUUGCUCCCAGUCAGUGCCACCAGUGAGAUUGGUGACUGUCAAGAGGGCACCCAAUCGGCUGGCCAAUGGAAAUCUUCUGCUGGCCUCCCUCAACACUUACGGAUCCUUGAGCCUGAUGGACAAACCCGCCGAGUACAACCGCUGGGGUCGGCUGGAGGAGCUCAACGUCGCCGUGGUCCUGAGGGACACUCUACUGCCGCAAAUGGAUACGACCAAGAUAACGAACUUUAAGCAGUAUCAGGCACUCAUCAAUCGCGCCUGGAUCACUAUGUUUACAUGGAUACCGGAUGAACCAGCGGCCAAUGGCCAACAUGUUUUGAUCCUAGGAACCGCCUCUGGGAGUCUGUGGUUGCUCACCCUGAGCGCCGAUGCGAAAAGCAUUGUGAGUCACCAACAAACUGAGACCUCGCUUGGUCGCAUUUGCUAUAUACACGCUUUCAAGGACCUUCUGCUAGUGGGCGCCAUCAAUGGACUCAUCCAUCUGUACCAGUCAUCAGCAGGGGGUCUAAUGCUGGUGAAGACUUUGUGGGAGAAAGCAGAUCGCUUGGGCUUGCAAAUGGCAGUGAUCACCCAAUGUGCCGUCAAGGAUUGCUACUACAUAACCUGCUGCAAGGCGGCUCAUCUGCUGACGUGGUGCAUGCCAAGAUUGGAAAAGGAGGAGUCCCUGGCAGCACGUCUCUAUGUGGGCGGCGUGAAAAUAACCGGACUGUGCAGCCUGGACGACACUAGCUAUGCAGCUGGAACCGCCACCAGCCACUUGCAACACAUUCAAAUAGUCCACGAGAACAACCAGCUCAGCUUGGAGAUGCAAUCCAUAGCUAUGGAUGGGCUUCAGGACUUCCAGUUAAUGGGACUCUGUACCAGCGAGAACAAGAACUUAAUAACCAUGUUCCUUUACCGCAACAAGGAAUAUUUGUUUCCAACUGUGUCACAAAAGAAGCAGUGUGUCAUGCAAAUACUCAAGGUGGGCAAACAGGAUGCACUUGCUCAGCUUAGCGGCAUGCUGGAAAUCAAUGAACCCAUUGAUAACCACAUCGAUUUAUUGGCUGAACUCCGUCUUGACGUUUUUUCCGAGAAGAAUUGGCAAAAGUACAUAGACUAUGGACCAUUGGGUUCGUUUCAAUUUACGGAGAAUGCCACGGAAAGCCAGCUGCAGCAGUUGCAACUCAAAUUCCAUGUGCUUCAAUCCCUUCUUUGCCUUCAAUCAAGCCUCCUCCAGCUGACGGUUCAUAUCAAGAAUACGAGGGAUGAACUGCAGCUGCUUCUGGCGAUGCUGUUCAUCACACACAUAAGACUAAGACUCCAGUUUUUUGGGUCACUUAGUCAAAGAACGCGAUUCCAGGAGGAGGUGAUAAAGUGCAUGUUUAUGGAGGCCCAAAGACUGAUAAGCAAACUGAAGGCUGACUAUACGGAGGAGCAUGUUUUGGGAGCCACAUCCAAAACUUUUGUUGAUCAAAUCGGUACACAUCUACAGGUUUUGCAUGAUAAGUUGGGCAAACCUGUGAUAGCUGAACCUCCGGAGAGGCAAGUUUUGCGCUGCACCCUGUCCUUUGUGGAGAUAACCCCCAGCUUGGAUCGACGCUACUGCAGCCUCUGCGACCGAUCAAUCCUCUUCGAGCUGGAGAAUCUGCAGGAACUCUACGAUCUAGGCAGGAAUCUCACCUGUCCCGUGUGUCAUGGAAGCUUUGCCGUGGAAAUGUUACAUGCAUAAACGUUAAAUUUAUUCUCAACCUUAA